AUGCUAAAUUCUGUAGUUUUCAAUUUGACGCCGGAACAGUUACUUCCCAACGCCCUACGGACCAAGAUUAUCAUCCGCUCGCGGUCUGUAAUUAUUGCGAAACAAUUGAAAUCAGAAAAUUUGAGCAAACUUCUCGACUUUUGGCGUACAGACUUGGUUACACCUCCAAUGGCAGCUGCCAGUGCUUUGCUGGUGCCCCAGGAAUGGAGAUUUCAAAGAAUUCGUGGUUACACUGGCCAAUCGAAGGGCAUGAUGGAAAAGGUCCAAUUACGCUCUUUUAGCAUACCUUCGUCAUCACAUUCUUUGUUAAAUCUUCAGCAAAAGGAUGCUUCAAAUCUCCAUCUCUUAAGGAGUGCACGUGGGAAAUUAAGUCUCAUAUCUACUAGAUGUGAUAUAUUCUUAUGCCAUUCCCUCCUAAAACCAGGUGGAGGGAAUGAGAUUCCUAUUGUGAGAUCAGCUGCUGUGGUGAUUAAAAGAUCAUAUAAUGCUUUUCUUGAAAGACCUAUUGUGCUGCAAUUGGUUCCUGCUGUGGCUAUCAUUGCCUUUGCAGCAUGGGGUAUUGGACCACUCAUGCGACUUGGCAGGAUCCUUUUCCUUCAUAAGAGUGAUAGGAGUUGGGAGAAGAGUAGCACACGUUAUAUGAUGACUUGUUAUUUUCGACCUUUGCUCCUGUGGACGGGAGUGACGCUCAUAUGCAGAGCUUUAAAUCCAGUCAUUCUACCUUCAGUCGCAAGCCAAGCUGUCAAACAACGGCUUUUGAAUUUUGUACGAUCACUAUCUGCUGUCCUAGCCUUUGCCUACUGUCUAUCAAGCUUGAUUCAACAAGUACAAAAUUUCUUUGUGGAGACCAAAGACUCUAGUGCUGCAAGAAAUAUGGGCUUUGAAUUUGCAGGCAAAGCUGUAUACACUGCAGUGUGGGUUGCUGCUGUUUCCUUGUUCAUGGAGUUACUUGGUUUUUCUACCCAGAGAUGGUUAACUGCUGGAGGUCUUGGGACAUUAUUGCUCACUCUUGCUGGUCGUGAGAUACUCACGAAUUUCCUCUCAAGUAUAAUAAUACAUACAACAAGAUCAUUUAUUUUAAAUGAUUGGAUCCAGACAAAGAUUGAAGGCUAUGAAGUUUCGGGUACUGUUGAGCAUGUGGGUUGGUGGUCACCAACAGUUAUACGAGGUGAUGAUCGUGAAGCUAUUCACAUCCCAAAUCAUAGAUUCACCGUUAAUGUGGUAAGGAAUCUAAGCCAGAAGACUCAUUGGCGCAUUAAGACCCAUAUUGCUAUUAAUCACUUGGAUGUGAACAAGAUCAACAAUAUUGUAGCUGAUAUGCGCAAAGUUUUGGCCAAAAAUCCUCAAAUAGAACAGAAAAAAUUACAUAGAAGAGUUUUCCUGGAUAAUAUUGAUCCAGAGAAUCAGGCUCUGUUGAUUAUGGUGUCAUGCUUUGUGAAAACCUCACGUUUUGAAGAAUACUUGUGCGUCAAGGAAGCUGUGUUGUUGGAUCUCCUUCGAGUAGUCAGCCAUCACAAGGCUCGACUAGCCACACCUAUUCGCACAGUGCAGAAAAUAUAUGGUGAGCCCAAUUUGGAGAAUGUGGCAUUUAGUGAGACCAUUUUCACUCGGGCAAGAGCAACAGAUAACCGCUCCCUCCUGUUGAUUGAGCCUUCUUACAAGAUUAAUGGCGAGGAUAAAACCAAGUCUACUACUCGUCCAGCACAAUCUAGUGGAGAGAAAGACACAAAGUUAGGUGUACACUCACCACCAAAUCCCAUGGUUGAUGUGAUGACCGAAUCAACAUUGUCGAAAGAUGGUACCAGAGAGGAUGUCAAUUUAUCAGAGUCAAACUUUGACAAGAAGAAAAUAGCGAAGGUUGCAUCGUCAUCAACUAAUACUACAAUGUCAAAUAUGAAUUCUGAUUCGGUUUCAAGCAGUGUUGGAUUUGUUGGAGAAAAAUUAGGUACAGGAAAUGUUUUAUCGGAGGAUGCUGAGAAAAAGCCUUUUACCGUCCAAGAGUCUGGUGGUGGUAACAUGCACAAAGUUCCAGCAUCAUCACAAGAUGGCGAAAAAUCUAGUCAAUCAUCACCAAUGGGCAGGCCGUCACUUGAAAAUAAUAUUGUCCUCGGUGUUGCUUUAGAAGGAUCAAAGCUAACACUUCCAAUCGAGGAGGAUAUGGAAUCAAAGGAGUUGGCUCCUUGUCGUAAUGGAAAUGGUUCAACAGAAGCAAGUAGCGGUAAGAAAGAUGACAAUAUUACGGUAGUCUCAACUGAUCAGCACAAGAGAGAUGAUUAA